AUGGGCGUGGGAAACAAGCGGACAUUGACCAAGACGCGGAGGAAGUUGAGAGACGUCGACCAGAUCAAGGCCGACAUGCUUUCUCCACGACAUUUACGGCAAUGGAAGGACACGAAGGCGCCUGAGGAUCUCCCUGGCUUGGGUCAGCACUAUUGCGUCGAAUGCGCCAAAUGGUUCGAAACCGAGAUCAGCCUGGUCGGUCAUCAGAAGGGAAAGCCUCAUAAGCGCAGAGUCAAGCAGCUCAAGGAGGAGCCCUACACCCAGAAGGAAGCCGAGGCUGUCGUUGGUCUUCGAACGGAUAACAAGGGCCCUAGCAAGGGCGGUCCGGAGAGGGCCAUCGACCAGGAGGUUGAGAUGGAGACCUGA